AUGUUCAAAGCCGGUGCCGGAGGCACGUUGACAAAGAACCUCUAUUUGAGGCUUAGGCCUCAUGUCGAAAGAGCAGCCCUAUGGUUGCCAACUGUGCCACCGAUAGCGGAGCAAGAUAAACGGGGGGUGGGUGGGUGGGCAGUCAGUGUGAAAGUGCCAUCAGCUGACGAAGUUCCAAAAGACCCUUUUUGUGAUCCGGAUCACCCUCUCGAAGUGACGUUCCAAGAAGUCAGUGCUGCCGCUUUCAGAAUCAGGGACAGUCUCAUGCGUACGCCUUGCACGAGAUCUGAUAUGCUGUCGAAGAUGCUGGGCAUGGAGAUCUACUUUAAGAAGGAAUUUAUGCAUGUAACUGGCAGUUUCAAAGAAAGAGGAAUAAGAAACACGCUGCUGAAGUUGACUCCCGAACAGCGUAAGCGAGGGACGAUCACGGCGUCGGCAGGGAAUCACGCGUUGGCACUCUCCUACCAUGGGGACAAGUUACACAUCCCGGUGACGGUUGUUAUGCCCAUAAUAUCGCCGCUGAUGAAGAUCAGUCGAUGUAGGCAGUACAACGCAAACAUCAUCGUACAAGGGGCAAACAUCAACGAGUCACCACGACAUUUCAGAUAUGACCAUCCCGAUGUGAUUGCGGGCAAUGGUACCGCAGGUCUGGAGAUAAUCGAGCAGGUACCUGAUGUUGACGCGGUUCUGGUGCCGAUCGGUGGAGCCGGCUUGAUAGCCGGUGUGGGCUGUGCCAUCAAAUACGUGUGUCCCAGUACUCAAGUCAUCGGUGUAGAGGGCGAAUCGUGUCCAAGUUUCACGAAGGCUAUGCAGAGCGGAAAGCCGGAAUUUGCGACUAUAAAUCCUACUCUUGCUGACGGUUUAUCCGUGCCACUGAUUGGUUACAACGCGUACAAAACAGCGAAGAAAUUCGUGGAUAAGGUUGUGACAGUUGGUGAAUCAGAAAUUGCGCUGGCCAUUUUGCGUCUGGUGGAGAUAGAAAAAGCGGUGGUCGAAGGUGCGGGGGCGGUAGGACUAGCUGCAUUGAUCGGUAAUCACCUGCCUGAGUUGAAAGGAAAGAAAGUUGUCGUGCUUCUUUGCGGCGCUAACAUCGACACGGCGAUUCUUGGUCGUUGCUUGGAACGUGGUCUGGCCGAAGACGGUAGACUGAUCAACUUUCAGAUUACGGUCAGCGACAGACCCGGUGGUACGGCAGAAAUCACCCACUUGCUCAUGAAAUCGGGCGUAUCCAUCAGAGACAUUUUUCACGAAAGAGCAUUCCUGAAAUCUGACGUGUUUUCCGUCAGGGUAAGCAGUGCCGCCGCCAUUUUAAACAUUCAGAACAGCAAAGAUGUGUUUUUGUCACUGAUUUUACAGGUGGCGCUUUUGUACCAUAUACCGAGAUACGGUAGGAUGGGGUCAGGAUCUUGCAUUUUUGAUGCUCCCCUUUCCUACUUUACUUGA